AUAAACUUCAAUCAAUAAAUGGAAUUUGUUUCCUGUUGAAAAUAGGAGUACGGAAUAAAAGAUGUUCGGAAAAGAAUAGGUUUAAAAAAAAUCAAACAUUUACUAAAAAUACUCGUAGGUAAAAUAAAAUGACUUCCAGAAAGAAAAUUCAGGCACCAUGGCUGCCGAAGCCUGUUUGGUACAAUUUUCCUAUGACUAAAGGCCUCCGUCAUCACCGAACAGCAGUUGGAAUCAUAUUAGCUGCCAACAGUAAAAUGGAAUGUGUUUUCAUGAGUCAGUUUCUUGACCAAAUACGAGUACGUCUACUCAACGAUGACCGUAAAACAGAAGGCAAUUUUGCUGUUAACAAUUCCCCACCAGGUCGAGCAUCAACUGUCAGCAUUAACUCCGUAAGUGUUCCAUUCAUAGAUUGUGAGUACCUUAAUGAUCCUCCAGAUUAUAGUCGCGAUAUCAAUAUAAGCUAUCCAUCAAAUUCAAAAAUUCUUCCCAUCUUUCGUUUUGGAGACAAUUUAGAAGAUUUCUUCAAACUCUGGGAUACCCAAGAUGCAGAAUUCGCUUACGUAGAAUCAGAUUACUUUGGUCUCCUAAUACCGAAAGUGGACAAAGAGACUGCGAGGAAGCUACCUGGUGGCAAAAAUCUUAAUCAGUUAAUUACUUUCUACGACCUUAUAUUUACUACCUACAGUGACUUGAUAGGGUUGUCAUUUGAAGAAACUGGCACCAAUAAGAACGUAAGAAACAGGUUUUUUCUGAAAGCUGACAAAAAUGGAUAUGGGUUGGCAUAUUACGGUCACGAGUUUACGGCUGUGAAUUCAGGAUCAAUGAAAUCCUUCUGGUUGGAUGUCAGUCCAACAAAUUGGGGGGCGUUGCAUGAAAUAGGUCAUGGACAUGAAUUACAAAGUAUAGGCGAUGAAACAUUAUCAGUUAGUGAAGUGUGGAACAAUAUUCUAUGCUUCUUUUAUCAAGUCAUCGCGUUUGGAAAAGAUAUGCCAUGGAAAGGUUCGAAACAAAAUGAAAUGAACCUUGCUGGAAUACUCAGAAAAGAAACCGAAGUUGAGAGUUGGGAUUUAAUACAGAAAUUGUCCUUUUUGACGCACAUGUUUUUUAAAGCUGGUCGGAAAUCUUUUACGCGUUUCAAUCAACUGACUCGCGAAGAAUUUGAUGACCGUCCUUAUUAUGCUAGUGGAACAUUCUUAGUAGAAAAACUGAUGCACUUUUUUGCAAUCGAGUUUGCUGUUGAUGUUUAUCCCUUUAUGAAACUGGCAAAAGCAGCGAUACGAGAAGAAGAGCUAUAUGAGCAUUACUAUGUUUUAUCCAGUGUAGCCUAUCCUCUGAAUAACAUCAUAAGCGAUCUCAAGGAAAUGCAUAAUGUUUAUUCCAAUCUAGGUCUACUGUACUUAUCUAGUUUGGUUACUCCAUCAGAUUUGAGUUACACUAAACUCAAAAAUGAUUUCACUGUUAACAUAGAUAGCCAAGUACUUGAUGUCUUGUCCGGUAAUACAUUAAAACUGAUGGAUGGAUCUCGAACUGUAACUGAGCAAAAAAUUCUGAGUCAAAAUAUUGAUUUUAAGGAUGUACCUGUAGGGGUAUACAAGAUUUUUAUUGAGCCAAAUGCUAAGAAUACAAAACUUGCCUAUAAUGAUUUUUAUGCCAUAGUUCAUGCCAAUAAACCCAAUAAACUACUCCUUUCAGCUAAGGUAAUGAAGGAACCUUCUCUUCCAACUGACAAAAUUAAAUUUCUUGCGUACAGUGAUGAAGAAUUCGCAACUCUCACAGCAAAUCCUUUAAAGAAAUUAAUAAAGUUCCGAUUUUACAAAGCAAACCCUAAUGCUUCUUUUAAAUCCCAGACGUACGCAAGUGUAAUUAUAAAGAAUCAGAAAAACGAAGUUAUUUUUAGCAGAAUUAUAGAGGGCACUAGUAGUAACACUGGAUCUUUCGACAUACCUAUGGAAGGAGAGCUGCAAAUUGAAAUAUUUCACGCGGAAACACGGAUUCGCCGCCUACAAAUUGACGAUCCAAUGAUGGAUGUCAUCAUAGAUCGUAAUAGUUUGACAAACUAUUUCACUGUAAAUGAACUAGGCUUUCAAAACAAAUACAAGAUUUCACCGAAAGAUUUGUUAGAAAAGAAUUUCUUGAGGAAGAUCGAAUUUAAAGCAAGUAAAAUUAAAAGUAAGAUGUCCUUGUAUGUAAGACCUCAUUGCCAGCCCAAAUAUAAUAUACUUUUAGCUGUGGAAACUUUUGAACGUUUGUUCAGGAAUAACAGCGUCGAUAAAAGUCUGAGAGAUCAAUACAAAGAUUGUUUGCCAUCCUCUUAAAAUAGCAACCUUGAAGUAGAAAAUGUGAAUGAUAAUUAAAACAAAAUCUUUGCUUUUUUUAAAUUAAAAAAUUAUUUAAUUUCUUAUUUAACUUACUUUAAACUUCAAAAAAAUUAUUCAAGAAAUUUAAGAGAAGGGCACAAAGAAAGGGAGAAGUAUGACUUGAAAGGAACUUACAGAUCUCUUAAAAAAGUAGAAGACAUCUAAUUUCAAUUCUGAACUUAAUUCCAUUAUUCCUAUUUCCCUUCAGUAUUUUACUGUAAACGUAUAAGCAAUAUCGAUCAACUCGAUCUUUUAUAAAUAUUUUUAAUUUGUUUCAUUUUAAAUUACAUUAUAUUGAUUGUCUGUCAUUAUAGAAACUAGAAUAUUUUUAAAAUCUUGACAGAACGCAAUUUUUAU